AUGGUUGUGUAUCAUCGUAUGUAGUCGAUUUUCAGAAGCGUAAAGCAUUUUAUCGACACAGGUGCUGGCUGGAUGCUCUGCUAUCAUCACUAACUGCAUGCUGGGCAAUCAUCACCAGUCAACUCACAGAUGACACUGUUUGGAGGCCAGCAGCAGGGCACAGUGCCGGCACCACGACCACCGCUGGCGAGGCCCAAGAAAGGUGGCAUCCGUAGCACGUGCCCUGUUGCCCCCUCCUGGGUGAGGAGCGGCGCCAGCCUGGCCCCCUUCAAGGUGACCCCGAUGGUGGAGCCGGGCGCGCUGGGCGGCGAGGACCGCCCGUACAUGGGCGGCUGCUGCGCCCGCUGCACGCCCCACUCCAAGAAGGCGCACACGGACCCGCAGGUGAUGCAGCUGGGCAUCCGCAACCUGCUGCUGGUCAGCACCAUGGACCGGGACCGCGGCUUUCUGGCGCGCACCUUCUGCUACCUGAGCCACGCGGCGACGCGCGACAUCCGCCUGCCGCCGCGGCCCGUCAGCAGCCGGGCGGUGCUGGAGGCGGACGCCGUGCAGGUGGCGCUGGAGCAGACCCUGGAGCUGACACUGGAGGCCCGCGGCUUGGCCGACGUGCCCGAGGCCGAGCACCACGUGCGUCGUCUGCUGUACGCCCGCGCUGAGAGCCUGCUGUCGGCCAUGAAGUCCAAUAUCGGCACGGCGUUCCUCAGGGUGGCCACCUGGGCGCUGUUCCACCUGCUGCGCUGCACGCUCAGCUCGGCGCAGGUCCACAAGGGCCAGCUGGAGGCGGUGCGGCGUGCGCAGCAGGCCAGCCCCGGCACGCCUGUCGUCUUCCUGCCGCUGCACAAGUCCCACCUGGACUACGUCCUGCUCAGCUUUGCCCUGACCAACUUCGGCGUGCAGGCGCCGCUGGUGGCGGCCGGCGACAAUCUGUGCAUACCGCUGUUCGGCUGGCUGCUGUCCCGCUUGGGUGCUUUCUACGUGAAGCGCAGGCUGGACGGCGCCGGCCCGAAGGACCUCAUUUACCGGGCGAUCCUGCAGAGCUACAUGGUCGAAGCCCUGGCGCUCGGUCACAACAUGGAGUUCUUCAUCGAAGGAGGUCGCUCUAGAAACGGCCGACCCAAGCGCCCGAAAGCCGGCCUGCUCAGCGUCGUGGUGCACGCCUUCCACGAGCAGCGCAUCGACGACGCGCUGGUGGUGCCCGUCGGCAUCAGCUACGAGCGCAUCGUCGACGGCAACUUCAUCAGCGAGCAGCUGGGCCGGCCCAAGCAGGCCGAGACGCUGGGCGCCGCGCUGUCGGCCAUCUGGGCCGUGCUGCGCGGCCGGCACGGCGCCGUGCGGCUCGACCUGGCGCAGCCCUUCAAACUGUCGGAGUUCCUGUCGACGGCGCGCUGCUCGGCGCCGCCGCCGCCGCCGGCCGGAGACGGCGCGCCACUCUCCUCCUCGCCAGAGUCGCGCACCUCCGCCAGCUCGCUGUACGGCCUGGACGUGGUCGACCCGCAGCAGCGCUCGGCCGUCAACGCCCUGGCCGAGCACGUGGUCUACGACGCGGCCCGCUGCUGCGCCGUGAUGAGUACGCAGCUGGUGGCACUGCUGCUGCUGCACAGGUUCCGGCAGGGCUGCACACUCUCGGCGCUUACCAACGCCUUCGCCAAGGCGCGUGACGAGCUGCUUCGACGCGGCGUCGACGUCGGCUUCCGGGGCGACGCGCACGACGUUGUGCAGUACGCGAUCGGCCUGCUGGGACCGGGCCUGGUAACGCACGAGCGCAUGCAGAUGGGUGGCGCGGCGGCCGAGGGCCGGCCGCCACUGGAGGUCACCUUCGUCCGGCCGGUCACCAUCCUGCCGAACGUGCUGGAGCUGGCCUACUACGCCAACAUGGCCGUCCACUCGCUCUGCCUGGACGCGGUGCUCGUCUCCGGCCUAUUGUCUCUGCUGUCGGUGGACCUGGCGGCGGCGGUGGACCUGGGGCCGAGUCCAGACCUGGAGGUGGGCCGGCACCAGGUGCUGGCCGCCGCCUGCGACCUGGCAGACCUGCUGCGGGACGAGCUGCUGCUGACGCCGCCCUGCAGUCGGUUGGACGACGCGCUGGUGGAGCCGCUCAGCCGUCUGACCAGCGCCGAGGUGCUGGUCGCAGUGGAGCCGAAGCUGGUGGACGAGUCGGAGGAGUGGGCCAGCCGGGCCUUCAGCCGCUUCAAGGCCCAGGAGCUGCAGACCGACAGCGAGGACGAGGCCGACUGCUUCGGGACGCAGUCGGACACCUUCUGGAUGGUGCAGUUGACGGCCGACACGCUGGAGCACGUGCUGUACCUGCAGUCGAUUGUGGCUCCCCUUGUGGACACGUACUACACCACCGCCUGCUGCCUGCAUCGCCUGGUGACGCAGGAGCUGGCCGAGGCCGACUUCGUACUGGACGUCCUCUACGAAAUAAAGAACAAGCUUAUGCUGGGCAUGCUGGCGUACGUGGUCUGA